AGCAUGUAUUGUUUGCGGAAUCUCCGGCGAUGUUCCAGUAUAUUCAGUCGUCAUGGAAACGAAUAUGGUAACCAUAGCAACAGAAAGAUGUCUCUACUUCGUCCAACUAUCAAAGAGAAAUUCAGCAACUCUCUCUUACCAGCAAUUUACAUGGCAAAGAACAACAAGUUACCCUCAGAGAUAGAGGACAGGUUGAUGCUGCGACAACAGAUGGCUCGGAAUACUAUGGGGGAGUCGCUACUGAACUCUAUUGUUAACUCAAUGUUACGAACUGACUAUGUCAGGUCGCUACAUAUGGACGAUACGUUCGGAUCCUAUGUUAUUUUAGCUACUCUUCACUUAUAUCCCAUAUUACUCAGACUUCAACAAUUACCUACUGAUGAGGUAAGACAUUUAAGAAAGAAAGUUCUGGUAACCAAAUUCUUUGAAGAUCUGAAAAUAAGACAGCGCUCAAACAAAGUAGACCUAAAGACAAGAAGACGAGCUCUAAAUAAAACACUUGAUGUUCAGCAGACAAUGUAUGUUAGGUUGGACGAGGGGCUCACAUCUCUUAGUGGCAAGGAGUUAGCAGGAGCCGUAGCAAGGAUAGUAUACAGUACUAGAGAUGGAGGGGAGUGUACAAUGCAACAAAUACUGGAAGUAACAGAGUGGUUACUGGAAACCAUUGACCUGCUCAACUCUUAUACUAACGAGGAGUUUGUGGAGCUAUGCGUGUUUGGUGACGGGUUUGAUUUCCCGCUACUGGGAGAGUUCAGACCAAUCAAACCAGAGAAGUUGUACACGUGGCAUGAUGUGGAGGAAUUAGGAGACAUUCCUGAAGAUCUCAAACCUUUCGCUACUCCUGUCAUUAGGAAGUUGUAGCAGGAAUCUAACUGCUUUGAUUUAAAGACUGACUGCGUUGUAGCAGAAAUUGAAAUUAGAGAAUAUAAGGGUUUUUGAUCGUUGUUGCCAUUUCAUUUGUUGAGAGUCGUGACCCUGAAAUACUUCGACCCUGAAACCGAUAGCAACAGAUUAUGUGAUAGAAUGAUAAGACAGUCCGUAAUCAUUGUCAGAGCCUUUGUAUUUAAAAGUUGAUGAGGUCUUGUUAAAUUAUAGUCAUUGAAAUGCAUUCAUUGUUGUUUAUCUAAAGUUUUUAAUUUCUAUUUUUAUUAUAUUCACGUUUUCUUUACGGAUGAUAAUAAUGAUCGAUACUUCCAGGGUCAUUGACAGAUGCUAAAAUUUAUUGCUUAGAUUUGCUUCUAUUUCAUCCUUGAAGAAAUAAAUAAUAUUUCGAAUUAAUUCAUUUCAUAUUCAAUUUUAACCAAAUAUCCAUUCAGGAGGUGAUAUGGCUCAAGUAAAAGAACAGCAAGAGUUCGUCAAGAAGCUCCAGAGCGAACGAGAGAAACUCCAGGUCCUCACCAAAGAAUUCCAAAAAUGUGUCUCAACACGUCAACAAUUCGACGCACAGUUGAACGAGAACGAACUGGUUCUCAGUGAGUUCAACAGACUCAAAUCUAGCGCAGAGGUUUUCAAACUCGUGGGACCAGUGUUAGUGAAACAGGAAGUAACAGAGGCUAUCAGCACUGUAAAAAGAGGAUAACCUUUAUCAAGGGAGAGUUGGAGAGAUGCGAUAAGAAUAUCUCAGCUUCUGAAGAGAAACAGAGCAACUCUAGAGAAGCACUGAUGAAGAUGCAGCAGCAAUACCAGCAGAAAGUACAGGCUAUGCAGCAGGCUGUUGCUGCUAAGUGAUCUGAAAGACUACUUUUAUAUUUAUCCAUAUCACCUCUAUUUGUGUAAAUUAAUGAGCAUUGGUUUUUUGUAUAAAAUUCAUUACGCUUAAAAUUUGCA